CUGGCAGCUUGUCAAAUCACAGCGGGAGCCUCACUAACCUUGGAACCCCUUCUACAACACCCAACUGCGACCAUUUUUCUCCCAUCAACGCCAAACCCCAUCGCAUAUCCACAAACUAUCGGCGCGUGCCUCAACUGUCCAUCAGACGCAUGGGACCCGGUCCUCGGAACUUACAACCUCAUCAUCUGUGCCUCCGAAAUCCCACCAACAUCCAUUCACACAUUCCCAUUGCGACCAUCAAUCCUUCACGAUGGCGGCACGGAAACUUCAGCAGGAAGUGGAUAAAUGCUUCAAGAAGGUGUCCGAGGGUGUCGCAGAGUUCGAGUCAAUAUACGAGAAGAUCGAACAGUCUACCAAUGCAGCGCAGAAGGAGAAGCUGGAGGACAACCUCAAACGUGAGAUUAAGAAGCUACAGAGGCUACGAGACCAGAUCAAGACAUGGGCUGCCAGCAACGACAUCAAAGACAAGGGCCCUCUGUUAGAGAACCGGAAAUUGAUUGAGACAGUACGCACGAUGACAAUCGAUGGAGUGCACUGCUAACGGGCAACAGCAAAUGGAGAAGUUCAAGGCUGUGGAAAAAGCCAUGAAGACGAAAGCUUACUCCAAAGAGGGCUUAUCGGCGGCUGCAAAGCUGGAUCCGAAGGAGCGGGCGAAAAUGGAAGCCUGCGAUUUCUUGAGCAACAUGGUGGACGAGCUUGAACGACAGAUAGAGACCCUGGAGGCCGAGGGCGAGUCGAUACAAGCCACCAUGAAGAAGGGCAAGAACCAGUCAGCCAAGGCGGAUCGAAUGGCUGAGAUUGAACGAGUGACGGAGCGGCAUAAAUGGCAUCAGGGGAAACUGGAACUGAUCAAACGAUCGCUGGAGAACGGCGGGGUGGAAACUGAGCAAGUGACGGACCUCGAGGAGUCCAUACGAUAUUAUGUUACUGACGGUAUGGGCGAGGAUUUCAUGGAGGAUGAUGAGAUGUACGACGAGCUCAACCUCCAGGAAGAGGAAGAUAACUACGGGAUGAAUCUGGAUAACGACCGAGUCUCGUCACAGGACACUCAGUCGAUACAGGAGGAAGCACCCGAACCAGAAUCGAGAUCAAGUAGUAUACCUGGGGGGAAGUCGAAAGCUGCUGCAGUAACAGAAGGCCCAGCUGCAGCCCGAAGACCAUCAACGCAAAUGAAGAGCCCUCUGCCUGCGUUGGCGACAUUACACAAUGCAACCAAUGGCACUGGGCAGAUGAAGCCAGCAGCAGUACCAACAAGAGCACCAGGAGAAACCCUCAAGUACGCUUCAGCUGCGGCGCUGGCAGCAGAAAAGGAUAAGAAUAAUUUGGGAAUAGCCCCUUUACCCCCGCCACCAGAUGCCCUCCCCGCACCAUCUAAAUCUGCCAGCCAUCCACCAUUAUCAUCAGUAUCUAAAGGAAGAGUGAGCACAGCUGCCUCACCGACAGUGACUCAUGCUCAACCAGCGCCCUCUACUUCGGGACCUGCGACAAAAAAUGCUAUUCCAGCUGCGGCCAGUAUAUCGGAAACAACUUCCGUUGCCCAAACAAAGUCACCAGCUUUAAGUCAAUCAAGUGCAGUUCCUAGUGGAAAUAAUCCAUUACAAUCACAUAGCUCUGAAAAGGCUGAAUCGCCGAAACCAGGCCCUUCUCGGGCAUCUGGUAAGGCUCCAGCUGGGGUUGAAUCGGCGGCAAGUUCUAAAGGUAUGUCUUUUUCGAUAUGAUAGUAAGUGACCUUACCAACUAACAUCUUGAAGCUCCCACCUCAAAAUCCAAUGGCGUAACCAAUGGCACGAAAAGCGUUGCCCCCGAAGACCCUGAUGAAUCAAUCUAUCAUUUACCUUCGGGACUUCAGGAUCUGUUGCAGGCAUUUGAAGCAACUCAUUCAAAUGUCAAGGCAGCUCCCUCGCAGGCAUCGCAGAGAAUGCUUGCAGCAUCAUUUGCUACUUCGCCCGAUAUGCAAGAUGUUGGUACGCCUAGGAAUUAUAGGCCAGAAAUCAGGUGUCAUACUCCUGCGUACUAUCCACAAGAGCUUGACCCAGUUUUUGAUGACCACCGCCUGUACUCUCGUAUUGAUCCAGAUACAUUGUUUUAUGUGUUUUAUUAUAAGCAGGGAACAUACCAACAGUAUCUAGCAGCUAAAGCUCUGAAAGAUCAAAGUUGGCGUUUCCAUAAGCAGUAUCAGACCUGGUUUCAAAGACAUGAAGAGCCAAAGACAAUUACGGAAGAGUUUGAGCAAGGAACUUACCGUUUCUUUGACUAUGAGAGCACUUGGUAUGUUGCCAAUUUUCUUAAGACACUUUCCCUUCAUGGCAACCCAAUGCACCUUGUGCUGUGAAUUUUGGCUAACAUGUUACAGGAUGAACCGAAGAAAGGCGGACUUCAAGUUCGCCUACAAGUUUCUGGAGGACGAUGUAUGAGUUAUGUAUGCCUGGAGUCAAAGGAUGACCUUGAGUUGGAAUUGGUUGGCGCAUAUGGAGGCUCUGACUGAGGUCGGUUUGGCUGGGAUGGGGGCAGUAGCUCAUCUUAAUUAGCAAACAAAGUCGGCUGGUCACGCAAGGUGAGCUUGUCUGAUCAGGAGGCUAAACAUGGACAAUUCUGGCGAAUCCCACAAUUCUAAAGUGUGUCUUGUACAGAUAUCUCAAAAAAGC